CCUAACUACACUAAAGCAAACCUCAUUUGCUCUUUCGUUUUUAUCAUUCCGGUUCUGCUGGGUAUGUAAAUAAUAAAACACUGCGCGUUGCGUGUUUGAUGAUGUGUUAACUCCAAAUCAUGUGCCGGGAAAGAUAAGAUCAAUAUUAAUACGAAUUAAUAAUAACUACAACAUGCGGUGAUCGUAGUAGCGGUGUAUGUACUCUUCGAAAAUACUGUUUGGAAGUGAAAAUGGGUAGGAAUCCACCUUCUUUGAAGCUGAGGCAGCAGGCGCAGAACGGGAGUUUUAAUCGAAAAGAUCACAGAAAGGAACCAAAGAAACUGGCGGCACAAAAAGAAAAAGAACAAUUCCAAGGAAGAAAAAAAAAUGAAAAGAGUGAUGACUCUCCACUCUAUCCUGGAGGUGAUACUGCAUUCAAAGCAUUAUUAUCUGCCAGAUUUUGUGCUGCAAUCUGGUCCAAUAUUUCAGAUUGUGAUGAGACCUAUAAUUAUUGGGAACCAAUGCAUUACUUAAUUUUUGGAAAAGGCUUGCAAACAUGGGAAUAUAGUCCUGAAUUUGCCCUUAGAUCUUACACUUAUUUAAUGAUCCAUGCCACACCUGCUUAUUUAUAUCACAAGAUCUUGCAGCCCAAUCCACUAUUGAUAUUUUAUUUGAUUCGGUGUGUUUUGGGUUUGCUUUGUUCUUUUGUUGAAGUGUAUUUCUACAAAGCUGUAUGUAGAGAGUUUGGAGUACAAGUUGGGCGAAUUUGGCUUGCAUUUGAGCUGCUUUCAGCAGGAAUGUUUAUAUCCAGCAGUGCAUUCCUUCCAUCAUCAUUUGCAAUGUAUACAUUUACUGCAGCUUGCUGGGCUUGGUGGACCCAAAAGUAUCCAUUAGCAAUAUUUAUGGUUGCAUUGGGUGCAUUUUUAGGUUGGCCUUUUGCUGUUGUAUUAGGAAUACCAAUAGCCUAUGAUAUCAUAUUCCGAUGCAAAGAAUACAAACUGUUUCUUCAGUGGGCAGUUAUUUCCGCAAUAGUGAUUUUGGCCCCGAUGGUUGCCAUUGAUUCGAUGCAUUACGGCCGCCUUGUUAUCGCACCAUUCAACAUUGUCAAAUACAAUGUAUUUGGUGGUGCAGGUCCAAAUUUGUAUGGCACUGAGCCUUUAAGUUACUAUUUGAUAAAUGGAUUUUUAAAUUUCAAUUUUAUAUGGAUACUUGCCCUGACAUGUCCGGUAUUUCUCCUUUUGCAAUAUUUGUUGGUGCCUGCAAAGCAUAAGAUGACACUCACAUUGCCAUAUUACCUCUCACUAUCACCACUUUUCUUAUGGCUUGCAAUCUUCAUGAUGCAACCCCACAAAGAAGAAAGGUUUUUGUUCCCGAUUUACCCUUUGAUAUGCCUGUGUGGAGCAAUAUCAGUUGAUGUAGUACAAAAAUUAUAUUACCGCGUAUAUUGCCUAUUCAAACCCAGCAGCAUUGGCACUCACUACCUGGAGAAAACCGUCUGGAUAAUGGUCAUUGCUAUUCUAUCAACAGGCGUGAUUGGCAUUUCCCGCAUGUUUUCUCUGUACCAGAAUUAUCAUGCUCCAUUUGACUUACUAAUGGAACUCAAUCGGUAUCCGAGUGAAGGUCGAAUCCUCCCAAAAACUAUCGUUAAUGUCUGCGUGGGCAAAGACUGGCAUCGCUAUCCAUCCUCAUUCUUCCUUCCUAGCCCAAAUUGGAAUAUAAAAUUUAUCAAGUCUGAGUUUGACGGAAUGUUGCCUGCUCCUUAUUCACAAGGAGACAAUGCGACAAAGAUUAUUCAUGAUCACUUCAAUGACAAAAAUGAAGAAGUUGAGUCAUUAUACUUUGAAUUGCACAGGUGCCAUUUUAUGUUGGAUCUUGAUCUUGGAAAGGAGACCAGCCUGGAACCGAUUUACGCAAAGCAGGUGGAUAAAUGGAAAUUUGUUAAAGGCUUGCCGUUUUUGAAUGCGGAGAAAUCACAUCCAUUAUUUAGGGCUUUUUACAUUCCAUUUCUAUCGCAGCAGUAUGUAACGUACGGUAAUUUUACGCUUUUACAGAAGGUACCUAUAAGCAAACCUAGACCUAAACCAUAACGAAAUAUGUAUAUGUAUUAAACAAAGGAAAAUCGCGGCGUCCUUGUUCCUGACGAUUUUAUAUUUCUUUUACAAUAAGAUAAAGGAAUAGCAAUAUUGUGAAUUUGCAAAUUCACAUCAAACAAGAGGCACCAAAGAUAACAUGUAGUACAUUUAUUAAAUAAUAAUACUUAAACAUUUAA